UAUGACAUCCCUGCUCAUUGUGAACCUGACCUGUGAGGACAGUGGGCAGUACCGGGCUCGAGGCAGCUUUACUGAUGGAAGGGGAUUUACCCAGGUGUUCCAGCUCACUGUCUAUGAGCCGGUGCCCCUCCCCCAGAUCCUGCCCAAGUCACUGUCUGUCACAGCAGACUGGUGCAACGUCACCCUGGAGUGCACAGCCGUGGGGGCCUCAGAGGACCUGAAUGUGACCUGGUGGCACAGUGACCUCCCCAGGAAGUGGCAGCAGGCAGGGACCCUGGGACCAGUCCCCAGCAUCUGGCCCCUGGCUGUGCGCCUGCCCCUGGACCAGGCCAACACCAGCCUCACCUGCAACGCCAGCAACCAGGUGGACCUGAAAUCUGCCACCACCACGCUGGGGGACGUCUGUGCCCAUCGUGAGUAUAACGUGCCUGGGGAAAGGUAGCACUGCGGUCCCUGCAGGCUGACAGCACACCUCCCACCUGGUCACACACACAGAUCGGCUGGGAGUCACACCCAACUCGUGUCUGUAUUUAAAUGUCUCUCACCAUCGUGCCCUCCUCUGCACCCUGGGCCCUGCUGACCCAGGAGGAAGCCUUCCUCCCACCCCCGCCAUCACCCAGAGCCGUCUUCUGGACACAUAACCUGGAUUGUGUCAUUUCCUGUGUCGUCUGUGGGAUUGGUCUCCAG